AUGGUCCGCAAUGGCGAGUGUCCCAUGGAGAAACUGAGCAGCGACCCCUAUGACUUCAUCAAGCUGGAAUACUCGACCGCGUAUUUUAUGCAAUGUGACGACAGCUGGAUCCUGCCCUCAACGGCCGGCGAAUCCGGAUGCAUCCCAAGUUUGCACGUAGCGGGAGGCCUCGCACCGGACGACCCGGAAGUAUUCCCCGGUGAAGUCAAAGAUCUCGACUACAACAGGAUCAAGGAUAAGUUUUGUCGUGUGGGUGUUCCGGCGACAGGCGACUGUAUUCUGCCUCCCCUUUCCGGGUUUAAGCUGCCGAAGCGUCUUGAAGACGCUGGCUUCAAGGAGGCGAUGGUAACCCCGUGCAGCUACAAACAGCGCGGCGAGAAGAUUGAAAAGGAUUGCGUGUUGCUGGACCUGAUGAUGGACGGCAAGGUGGUGAUUGCCGAUCGGAAUGGGCAUGGCCCGUAUGCGACGCUACAAUCCCGAAACGACAGCCUGACGAUGACCUGGAAGGUCGAUAACCAAUACCCGUACAGCUUCCCCCGUUGUAUCGAUCUGUCCAACCAAGUCGGCCUGCCGGAAAAUCACUUUGACACGGCCGUCAGCGACAGCUUUCUAAACUGCGCCAAGAACCCCUACUACGCGAGGGCGAAGGUGUGGCAGAUCACCAUCGACAGCGUCGAGCCGUUCAAUUGCAACACGGACAAGGAGCUCCGCCGGCUCCUCUGUCGUUCUACCAACCCGAACCUGACCUCCGCUGCCUCGACGCCAAAACCUCCCGCCCGCUCUCCCAUCCUCGGUUAUAUUUCCUGGUUCGAGUGGUGGACAUGCGGCUGCUUUUUCCUCGUUGGCUUCCUCGGCCCGCUACUCGGGUUCGUUUACAUCGCCGUGCGAUUACGCUCGAUCCCAAUGCCGGCGCUGGAUGCAAAAGCAAAGUGGAAGCUCCCGUCCAAGAAGGCGCUGGCUGCCAUCGACAAAUUUGUGAAAGAAGCUGCAACUAAAUGUGUGGACCUUGAUUUCCCUUUGCUGCCGCCGGACAAUGAAUGCAAAGAGUUUAUUGCGCACAAAGACCAGAACCGCAACCAGUUGGCACGGAUCAAAGACAAAUUUCUGUACAAAAUUGAUGGCUGCCCUGACCUUUACAUCGCUGCCACCAAAGGUUUCCGGCUGAAAGGUUGCGACGUGGAGUGGAUGACCACACAGGCACCCCUAUCCCACACAUGCGAGACCUUUUGGCUCAUGAUCGAAUCCCUGAUAAAAAAGCACGGCGGCGCCCCCGUACCCAUCAUCUCCCUGGAUGCCUUUGACCCGGUCCUGGAGGGGGACGCUUGGUAUCCCGACGUGCACAAGAAAGCCGCUGUUGUUGUUGAGGGGGAUACUAACUGUCGGUUCCUUCUGUUCGGCAAGAUGAAGCCGACGGCUGUCGAGAUGGAACGAGUCGCGACGGUGCGAAAUAUCCACAUCGCCAAUCUGCGAGCCGAAGGGUACCCGGCGAAGGGAUUGGGAGACCUUACCAACGUCUAUCUCAUCUGCAAGCAUCACAUGGCCAAAGAUGCGGAAUACAGAGCCGGCGAGGUGAAUGGCGUUGACCCGCUCAACGGAGUGUAUCUUCAGAACCUCCUAUUGUGCCGCGCAUAUCUCGAGACCAUGAGAUAUGCUGACUCGGAUGGCGUUGACUUUUACCUCCUGCAAUCUUCCACUGGCGCCGGCCCUGCAGCCAUUUACAUCGCCGUCUACGUCACCAUCGAGCGACUGCGGAAGGGGAUCGAAACCACGGUCGGAGAAGUUAUCAAUGAACUAGCCGAGUACCUCCCGACGGCGAUUUCCAAUAAGGAAGAGCAAUUCACCGUCUAUGCCUGCGUCCUCCUGUUUUUCCAGGCGCACCUGAAGGCCCGACACGGCAAGGAAAUCCAGCGCUUCCUGGACCGGCUGAUGGGGGGUCCGCGGUUC